CCACCCUCUUCUCCUCCUGGGCGUGGACAGCAGCGAGGAUGCACAUAAAAAGAGAUGGAUGGAGAAAGCAGCAGUGUCCUCAACAGACAAUCUGUCCACCUGCAGCAAGAUCACCAGAGAGCCUCCUGAACAGCAGCCUUCAUCCUCCUCAUCCUCCAUCAGACCUGCAGAAGAAUCGAGAAGUGACUCUUCACCCACAGCACAGUUCCCUGUCGGCUGACUGGCUCCCUACAAGAUGCUCCGCCCCCUGCUCUUCCUGUCUGCUCUUACUGCACUGGCAGGUGCUCAGCGGUUCAUCACUGAGUCUUCAGUGGUGAACAUCAGCUCAUGUCCCAUCACGUAUUAUGGACAGCAGUACGAGCAGCUCUAUGUGAACAUGACAUCUGGAUAUCUUACCAUCUGUUUCAACGGCUUUUUCAGUCCUGAAACUGGAGGCGACUGUCUUGUGCAGCGUUCACGGGGCGCACAGCGAUUUGAAUUUUUCAUAAAUCCAGGAAAUUCACUUGACUAUGGUGCCCGUGAAAAUUUGCCAACCAUUCAGAACAGUUUGCAAUGCACUGUUGCCAUCGGUUUCGACUCCAUUAUUGGUUUCCUUCUGAAUAACUAUGGGACACAAGCAGCUCUGGUGUUUUUCACAUACAGCUCUGAUACAUUGGUGUGUGAUGUUCAGGUUGGUGGAACCACAGUCAAAAGAGUUAAUACUACUUCUUACACUCAAGCUUUCGCAGACCUCAGUGGAUGCAGAGACUCAGGUGAGAUGUAUCCACCUGGUACAGUGAUCAGCUCUGAUCCAGAAACCUGCCUCAGUCUCACCUGUAAUGAGACUGCAGUCCUCCACACCUCCAGCUGUGGUCCCCUGGAGCGUUGUCAAGGCAACAACAUCUGUGUGUUGGACGCCACCUGCACUGUGACCGGCCCCACUAUCGUCGACGUCCGCGGCCAGAUGAACUCCAUCCAGGAUCGGUGUGCGUACUCUCUGUUCUCGACUCCGUCACUCCCAGACUUCCAGAUUCUGGGGUACUUCAAGGACCAGCGUCGUACAGAUGUGAGCUUUGUGGACAGUGUGACGCUGCGUGUGGAUGGGCAUGACAUUCACCUGGAACAAGGUGGGAGAGUUCAGCUGGACGACUCCACGCUGACCCUCAGCAGCUCACCUCAGCUGGUUCAUGGUGUGCAGCUCUCUAAGGACCAAACUGGAGUCACUGCCAAGCUGUCGCUCUCCAACCUCACCAUCUCUGUCUUCUUUGAUGGCGACACCGCACAGAUCCGCUUAGAAGGACCUGCUGGUUCAUCUGUGGAGGGUCUGUGUGGAAACUCCAGCAGGUCUCUGAGUGACCUGAGGCUCUCUGAGUACAGCUCCACCAGCUGUGAGAUGCAGUACAGUGAGCCUGCUGACAGCACGAUCAACUGCACCAGUGUGACUGAACGCUGUAAUCUCCUGAAGGAGGCGCCCUUCUCCUCCUGUAACAGUGACAUUGAUCCAGAGCCCUACAUAACCGCCUGCACCGACACUUUGUGUAAAUAUCCUGCAGUGGACGGACUCGACUGUCAGUUCCUGAAGGCCUACGCCAGAGCCUGCAGUCUACACAACCACACUCUGGAUGGCUGGACAUCAAAGACCGGCUGCUCCUCUGAGGCCUUCUGUCAGGACAGGACCUGCAGCGAUCACGAGUUCUGUGGUGAGAAGACGGUCGGUGGUGACACUCGCUGCUUCUGUCGGGCCAUUUUUGCCUCCAAGUACCAAGCAAACAACUCUUUGGGUGAUCCAACGGUCUGCAAGGAGAACUCUGCUUCACUCACUCUGGUCGGUUGUCUCCUGGAGGACAAAGACAUCGACUACUCUGCCUUACACCUCAACGACCCGACCUGCAGGGGUCAGGUGGACGAGCUCACCCACAUGGUGACCUUCAGCUUCAACAGCAGCAACAGCUGUGGGACGGAGGUCACGACCAACAACAGCCAAGUGAUCUACAAAAACACCAUCAUGACCCAGAACAGCUCCUCUGACAUCAUCACUCGUCAUGACCAAGUCUACAUCGACUUCUCCUGCAUCCAAACUCAGCCGGACAUCAAGACUGAGACCUUCAGGAUCAGAGACAGCUCUGUGAUCCAGCACAUCACAUCUGGAGUUUGGGAUUACACUCUCACCAUGCAGAGCUUCACCAGCGCCGGCCGCACACAAGCUGUGGAUUUCAGCACUGAAGUGCAGCUGGACCAGAAGAUCUGGGUGGAGCUGAAGACUGACGGGCUGGAUGGAGACGUGGUCAUCGUGGUCACCGACUCCUGCUGGGCAACUGGCCAAGCAUCACCUGACAGCACUCCGAGAUACGACCUGAUCAUAAACGGCUGUGCCAACCCUGCUGACCAGACUGUGCAGGUGGAGGACAACGGACUGGGAACCUCCAACUACUUCUCCUUCAACAUGUUCCAGUUUACUGGGAGCUCUGGUGACGUCUACCUGCACUGCAAACUCCACCUGUGCCCCAAACAGAACAACUGUGUCCCGACUUGUCCUGCAGCUGCUCACAGACGCAGAUAUGCCAGGUCCAGAUAUGAAGGUGAAGCCUUCAUCAGCAUGGCCUGGACUCAUUAGGUGGUUUCCAUGGUGACUCGGACUGACCAACAGGUUACUGACUUCACUCAUGAUCCCUGACAUCUGAUUGGUCCUGAUCCAGAUCUUGGAUGUGUGAAAGAUUGAGCUCAGCACUGCUGUGGAAAUGAUGUUGAAGUGGAAAUG